CAACAUCCAGACGUGUUGCUCUGCAUGUUUAUGAGUGUGGGUGGGGGCGGUAACCUAAAAAGGGGGAGUGUACGGCUCCUGGAAAAGGACAAACUCACGUGUUUCGCUUCAUUGUGGAGAACUGGGAGAGAAGCAGGAGGGGUUCACACAAGCAGCAAAGCAAGCCCAAAUACGCGACUACACUUUAGAAAACAAGCCCAAAAAUCAGCAACCGAUGAGAUUUACAAGCGAUUUUACAGAAAACAAGCCCAAAGUCGCUUAUAAUAAGCGGACUUGGCAACAAAACGCAUACCGGUCCUGGAACGGUCUUUUGUACCCGUCUGCGUACAGCAUGCAUCCUGUCCCGGCUUGGUUCUGGUUCUGGCUCCUGAUGAAUUCUCCCUCUCUGGCUCAAACACCCAUCCCAGCUAAACUUGGACAGACUGCCAUCCUGCCAUGUAAAGCUCCCAACAACAAAACCAUCAAAGGUGUAGAGUGGAAGAGACCUGAUCAAAACCAAGGCUAUGUGCUUUUGUACCGGGAUGGGAAAUUUCUUUCAGAAUUCCAGCAUCCAUCCUGUGAGAACAGGGUAGAUCUGCAGGACAAAGAGAUGAAGGACGGAGACGUUUCUCUGGUUCUGAAGGAUGUGACAAUGGAGGACAGAGGAAGAUACGAGUGUCGGGUUUUACAGAAAGGAGAGAAUAAACCCGCCAGCAUCAUCGACCUGGAAGUUCAUCCAUCAGGACACCAGGAUGGAACCACUGGAGAUGGAGGAAACAAGGAUGGAACCACUGGAGAUGGAGGACACCAGGAUGGAAUCACUGGAGAUGGAGGAAAGAAGGAUGGAACCACUGGAGAUGGAGGAAACAAUAAUGGAAUCAUUCUAGGACCAUUAGUGGUUCUGUUACUUCCAUUUGUGUUGGUUAUUGGUUGUAUUCUGAUGUGUAGAAAAAAGCCUAAGGUCUAUAAACAGCUCAAAAGGAUCUCUAGAAAACUCAUGGGGCAGGAUUCAACCCCCCCUGUUACUCCUGGUGACCAAGGACCUGAACAAUUGACAGAUUUAAUGUUGCCAGCUGAACAAACCUGACAAUAUGAACAGAACAAUGAUAAACUGAAUCCAGGUGUGGACCAACCAUGUGGUCUCUCCUCAAACGGCCACCUUAUCGGUGAACUGCAGGCGGUGUUUCCACAGAGCAGACGAGACAAAUGUGAACAGAUUAAAGACAUAAAUACUGACAGAAUUUAGUCACCAGUUUGUUCCCGUGUUUUAGCUGUUGGCUGAUGUUGUGAACUGUUUGCAGUAUAAAUGCAGAACCAAUUUUAUGAAUUUUAUAUAUUUUUUAUAAUUGUUUUUAUCCUGCAGAGCGUUUUUGAGAUUGAUCUUUGUAAUAUGUUUUGUGUUAAUCGGCACAGAAAAUACAGAUUAAUGUAGUGCAAUAAAAUGCACAUUAUUUGCAGCUGAACUGUAGCAAAGUUUGAAUAGAAUAUCUAUUUAUUAUACUGUUAGAAUGUACUGAGGUCCUUGUUUGUACUGUAACAGACUGCAAAUAAUGAACUUUCCUGUAAAUAUUGAACUUUACUGCAGAUUUUGCACUUCUGCUCGGAUGCUCAACUCUUUCAUUGUCUGAAUUCUACUCUACAAUGAUAAUAAAGUUGAAUGUAAUUAGUG